UCACCUACAUCUUCGACCACCUGGCGGCUCAGCGAGAGUGAGUAGGAGUUCCUGGACAAUUGUAGGAGUUGCUGCCCUCAUCCUGUUCCUGGUAGCCCUACUGGCUCGAGUUCUCGUCAAAAGAAAGCCACCUCGGGACCCGCUGUUCUACGUGUAUGCUGUCUUCGGAUUUACCAGCGUGGUGAACCUCAUCAUAGGACUGGAGCAAGAUGGUGUCAUUGAUGGCUUCAUGACCCACUACUUGAGAGAGGGUGAACCCUAUCUGAACACUGCCUAUGGGCACAUGAUCUGCUACUGGGAUGGCUCUGCUCAUUAUCUGAUGUACCUCGUGAUGGUGGCAGCCAUAGCAUGGGAGGAAAGUUACAGAACCAUUGGCUUAUAUUGGCUUGGAUCUAUUAUCAUGAGCAUUGUUGUUUUUGUGCCUGGAAACAUUGUAGGGAAGUAUGGAACACGACUAUGCCCUGCUUUUUUCUUAAGCAUACCAUAUACUUGUCUUCCUGUCUGGGCAGGUUUCAGAAUCUAUAAUCAGCCAUCAGAAAAUUAUAAUUAUCCCUCGAAGGUUGUCCAAGAAGCUCAAGCAAAAGACCUGCUGAGAAGACCAUUUGAUUUAAUGCUAGUCAUAUGUCUCCUACUGGCAACCGCAUUUUGCCUGCUUAGAGGCUUGAUUGCUUUGGACUGCCCAGCUGAGCUCUGCCGAUUAUAUACACAAUUUCAAGAACCCUACCUAAAGGAUCCUGCUGCUUAUCCUAAAAUUCAGAUGCUGGCGUAUAUGUUCUAUUCUAUUCCUUACUUUGUGAUUGCGCUUUAUGGCCUAGUGGUUCCUGGAUGCUCCUGGAUGCCUGACAUAACACUGAUACAUGCUGGAGGUCUAGCUCAGGCUCAGUUUUCUCACAUUGGUGCUUCUCUCCAUGCUAGAACUGCUUAUGUCUACAGAGUCCCUGAAGAAGCGAAAAUCCUAUUUUUAGCAUUAAACAUAGCAUAUGGAGUUCUUCCUCAGCUCUUGGCCUAUCGUUGUAUCUACAAACCGGAGUUCUUCAUAAAAACAAAGUCAGAUGAAAAGGUGGAAUAAAAAUGUUACAUUAUAUUCUUUC